AUGUAUAAAACCUGUCUCCUUCUCGUCUUGGUUAUUGGUGUAAUAUCAAGAAUAGAUGCAACUCCGGUUAACUCUCAUCGGUAUCCUAGUUGCUCGGGGAAUAUAUCAGCGACUGAUGUUGAUCUAGUUCAGUUAGCGAUGAACGUGGAGUUCACGGAAGCCGAAUUCUUCUUGAAAGCGUCUACCGGAAAAGGACUCGAUGCGUUUAACGCAACACUUGCUAAAGGCGGACCAGCCCCGGUUGGCGCCAGAAAAGCCAAUCUUGAUCCUAUAACUAAGCGAAUCAUCGAGGAGUUUGGUUAUCAAGAAAUUGGUCAUCUUAGGGCGAUUGCGGAUAUGACGGGAGGGAUUCGGCGUCCGCUGUUGAAUCUGACGAGAGAAAAUUUUGCCAUGUUUAUGGACAGAGCCGUUGGACGUAGAUCAAACCCGCGUUUUGAUCCUUAUGCGAACACACGCAACUAUCUUUUAGCUUCAUACUAUAUCCCUUAUGUUGGUCUCACCGGUUAUGUCGGGGCCAUCCCUUAUCUUGUCUACUUCAAUUUCAAACGGCUUGUGGCGGGACUUUUGGGGGUGGAAUCGGGUCAAGACGGAGUGAUAAGGACGCUCCUUUACGAGAGACAGGACGAGACGGUGGAGGAAUACGGUGGAGUCACGGUGGCUGAACUGACCAACGAGAUAUCUAUCCUCCGCAACAAGCUCGGUAUGUGCGGGAUCAAAGAUGAAGGCUUGUGCGUGCCUCCGUGGCUAGGAGCGGAAAAUCGCACCACCAGCAACAUCCUCGCCGCCGAUGCAUACUCUCUUUCUUAUGACCGGACACCGCAAGAGAUCCUCAGGGUUAUGUACGGAACCGGAGAUGAGCACCGCCCCGGCGGGUUUUGGCCGUGUGGUGCCAACGGGAGGAUCGCGAGGAUGUUUCUUGAUAAAAGGUAUUAUGGCAAUUGCGGUGCAUGUUGA